CUGAUGGCAGAUAUUACCGUCUGAAUCUUCAGAUAAAAGGACUGGAAGAUGGAUCUUUAUUUAGACGGCUUCCAGUUCUAAGUGUUAGUAGAAAGCAGCAACAAAUGGCUUUAGAAAAACUGGAAGGAGUAAUUGAGCGAUGUCGUGGUCUACCUGAAAAGGAAUUUAAAGAAGAAGAUCACAUCAUUUUUCAGUCAGCAUCCUGCCAAUGCCUGGAAGAAGGGCAAGCAACUAGACUUUUAGAAAUUCUACAAGAUGAGAAAAACAAGGAUUUUGUUAUCUGCAUGGGCUGGAAUUUUGUUGGGCCCAUUGUCAGUUGUGCUUUGAAAGACCAGCAAGAAACUGAGCACAAGGAAAGCUGCUUAAAAAUACUCAACCAUGUAGUACAGAUAAGUAACCCAAAGGAGCUUCUCGUGGGUCUAUUUGAACAGAUUGAGGCGGCUGUUGGAAAUAAUAUAGCCAAAACAAUCCUAUUACUCCUGCAGCCACUUCAGAGAGUGCUGUUAAAGUUGGAAUGUAAAAAGGCAUAUUUUGUGGGGCUCUCUCUUGCAACUAUUCAUAGCCAACUCUCCAAACUACCUGUACCUUAUUCAAAUGAGCAACGUAAACAGGAUGAAUAUGGACUUUGCAAGUGUUGCAUGGCUGUAACCUCUUUUAUUAAACCAUUUGUGGAUGAAGUGAGUCACACAACAGAAUCUGAGGGAAACCCUUUCCGUACUGAGCUAAAGGAUGAACUACUGAAAUUUUGCAUGAAAAGUUUGGAAUAUCCACUGCUGACAGCACAAUUACAUCCAUUAACUGAAGAGAUUGAAGACAACUCGUUGAGAACUUUUGCUGCUGAAAUUGUGGUUUACCUAUUAGCAAUGGGUGAGUCGCUUCCUGUGUUGAUGGCUCAUCAGUUGCUACUAUCCAGAAAAACAUUGCAAGAGAUUGACCCUCUAAAGGGAGAUGUGAAAUACCCUACAGAUUCGCUGGCAAGCUUGGCAUAUCUUCUAUUUGUUCAGCAUAUUGGUAUUGAUCAAUUUCCAGCUAUAUACAGUCCUGAAUACCUGCUUCUAUUUAAUAUGGAAUAUAUAGCUGCACUAAUUAGCAAGACAGAAGAGUCCAUUUUGUCUAAAGGUCUGGAAUUAUUUGAACAUUGCUUAUUAACAAUUGAAGAUAAUCAUCUCUCUCAUAAGUAUUUGGAAAUGAAGAGUAUUCUUAGUGUUCCUCAGGAUUUAGUGAAGGUGAUGACUCUCUGUCCCAUUGAACAUUUGCGAAAAUGGAGCCUAAAGAUAUUUCAGCAGCACAUAGACAAGUUUGAUCCAGAAGGAAAAUACAAAUUAUUUAGGUGCCUGUUUAAAACUAGCCAACAUGCUGGCGUACAAGGUUAUGUUAUACAAAAUCUUAAAAAUCAGAUUGACCUAGCAUUGAAGCCUGGCAAUGAAAAUGUGUGGUUCUCAGGACCACAAUUGAUUCCUUUACUUCAUUCAGUCCUUUCACUUCCUGAAGGAGCAGAAACAGACUUGCUUCAAAAUUCCGAUAGGAUCAUGGCAUCGCUGAAUCUUCUAAGGUACCUUGUAAUUAGGGAUAAUGAGUGGGAGAAUCAAACUGGAUUAUGGACUAAUCUUUUCUGGAUUGAUUGCUUCUUGAAACCACUGCGCACUGCUUUGAAUAUGUCUAGGGCUCAUUAUGAAGCAGAGAUGAGAAACAAAAGAGAGAACCAGAAAAUCAAAGAUACCGCUGAAUGUGAAACGCAAUGUUCGUUGACAGUUGGUGGUAAAAAGUUACCAAAAAUGACCACAGCUAUGCAGUUGGAGGUUCUGCAGUCAGCUAUCUACACAUUUGAUGUAAUGGAAAGUGUACAAGCACGCAUAGAGGAGCUAGUUGAGGCAAAGAUGAAAUCCCGAGCAGAAGAGACAAAUGUGGCCAGUGACGCUUCAUCGUUUAUUUAGGGAACAGUGUGAAAAUUGGGAGAACAUAAUUUCUGACUUCCUAGUUUCAACUAGAGGAUUUCACUUUGAAUGCUCCUCUUCAAGCCAGUCUUUAUGCAGGAUAAUUUCAAAUACUUUCAUCAGGUAUUCAUAUUAAAGAGGUCAUAGA